UGAAGCCAAGAUAGGCCUUUAUAUCUAUGCAUUAGCUUUUAGUAACAAAAGGCAAAGCAAAUGAACUUAUAUUACAAGUGUGUUUGCAGUAUGUUGCACAACCUGCUUCUGGCAUGCCAUACUAAUGUUUCCACAUACAGCCAAGAAAACAGGAACUGGGUCAACCGCAGAGGUCUAAGGGACUUCAUCUUGUGAUGACAUCUGCUGAUGGCUGGAAGACACACACACACACACACACACCACCCACGCACAUUCACACUCAAACACAGAGAACCACACACACCGCAUUAAUACCUAAUAGAGCUUCUAGGGAUCCUAAGCUUAUCAACAUUGUGCACCCACGGCAGUUGGGAAAUUCAAAACAGACAUUAAGCAAGGGACAUUCUUCAACAACAAUGGUGGACCAAUAAGCAUGGACUACGCCCGGACCAGAGCCAACCAGAGGACCAGGACUUCAAAGAAUCAACCUACUUUCUGUACUGUAUAUAAUCUGUAAUCAACCUGUUUUAGGGGCUCUCUUCUUUUAGCUCACUCGGAGUUCUUAGACGGAGCCCGCAUGCGCAGUACCAAAUAUAUUUACUCUGAAUAAACUGCUGAUUGUUAAACUUUAACUCCUCGUCUGAGUCGAUCCUUGACCGACUCGCUCACCUGUGCACCUCACCUUUUAUCAACAGAACUUUGGUAGCAGAGGAUGGUUUACUAAAGACCCAUAAAACGUGAGAGUGCGGGAGCGAAUUGGUGAAAGGACGGCUCAAGGAGACAGACGAGCCAAUUUGGGGGAGGACUACAAUUCUGCUCAACUCGGGUAAACUGAUCUCUGGUCGACCACUGAAAAGGUAAGCAAAACCUGUUAAAACAAACUUUGCACAUUGUCGUAUAGUCCAACACCAAAUUUAAGAUCAGUAAUACCGAGUGUGAGUAUGAAUUUUGUGUAAAUUUAUUACUAAAUUCCACCAAGCAGUGAAGUAAACGUAUGUGGUACAAUACAAUGUUAGAUGUAUUAGACUGAAUUUUUAUUGUUUGUAAAAUUAAGAUGAAACAGGCUUAAUUUUUAUUGUUUGUAAAAUUAAGAUGAAACAGGCUUAAUUUUUAUUGUUUGUAAAAUUAAGAUGAAACAGGCUUAAUUUGUAUUGUUUGUAAAAUUAAGAUGAAACAGGCUUAAUUUUAUUGUUUGUAGAAUUAAGAUGAAACAGGCUUAAUUUUAUUGUUUGUAAAAUUAAGAUGAAACAGGCUUAGUUUUAUUGUUUGUAAAAUUAAGAUGAAACAGGCUUAAUUUUAUUGUUUGUAAAGUUAAGAUGAAACAGGCUUAAUUUUAUUGUUUGACAAUUAGGAUGAAACAGGCUUAAUUGUAUUGUUUGUAGACUAAGUGUACCUAGGGUGAAACAGACCUAGAAGAGAUACUAUUCAGACAGUUCGGCAGCGUUCCGAUGAGGAAUAGAUCUGUGUUAUGUACAAUUAGGAUGAAACAGGCUUAAUUGUAUUGUUUGUAGACUAAGUGUACCUAGGGUGAAACAGACCUAGAAGAGAUACUAUUCAGACAGUUCGGCAGCGUUCCGAUGAGGAAUAGAUCUGUGUUAUGUACAAUUAGGAUGAAACAGGCUUAAGUUGUGCACCUAGGGUGAAACAGACUUAGAAGAGAUACUAUUCAGACAGUUCGGCAGCGUUCCGAUGAGGGAUAGAUCUGUGUUUUGAAUAUGACCAACAGAUUCGGUAAUACAAGGACAAGGUAAUUUACAUACCAUAACUUAGCUCAUGACUGGUUAAAUGUGUUGUAAAGUUGCUACCUGAGUUCAAAGGGGUAUGCGAAUGAGGCAUAUUGUUAAUUGAUUAGCAAACCAACAGACUGGCUGUGACCGGUGAGGUUUUAACUGUACACAGCGUUUCACAAGGUUUUAAUUGGGUCUUAUGUCUCGUUCAACUCUGAGUAUAUGACGGAGGAGCUCUGAGUUAAGACAGAGUACGAGUAAUUGUUUCUCCAAGAAUACAUCGCUGUCUCAAGGCAGUGACGGGCUAAGUAUAUUCAGAUAGUCACAAUUAUUUCAUCACCAUGGCAGCUUCGCAAUCUCCAAAACUGAAAUUUAACGAGUAUCUAGACCAGCGGGUGCAGGAAAGGGCAGGGGGAAAGGUACAGUGGAAAGAGUAUAAGAAAGUGUGAGAAGGGUUAAAGUUGAAGUGGACACAAGCAGGUUAUCUGGUAGGGGGAACACCAACCAGGGUUCAGCUGAACACAAUGGAAGGAGAGCUAAGAGAGGGGAAGCAGAGUGCAAGGGACAGCGAAGUAGACCUAAAUAAACAAUACGUAUUUAGGAAGGAAGGGACUAAGCAGAGAGAGACAGCAGAGGCUGAGUUGAAAAUAGGCACUUGGGCUAUCGAGGAGAUCCGAAGAUACCAAAUGACAAAAAAAAGCGGAAGUAAUGGCAGUAGUCACUGACAUAAAAGAGGGAGGAGACCCCACAACCCCACCAGCCAACCCAGACGAAGGACAACCACCCAACCAGCGCCUCUAUCCAAACCUGCCAGAAGAAUACAGACCCCCACCCUACUCGCCUCCCUCAGCCUCACCACCAGCUACUAUACAGGCCCCUGUAUUAACUGUGAGAGGGGGUGUGGUGAAGGGGGAAGUGGCAGUACGCCUGAUGGAGGGAACAAUCGAUGUUGUGGAUCUGGAGCCCCCUGGCGUUCUCUACUCCAUGGACACUGGGAAUUUGGGUUCCCCUGGAGGACGAUCAACAAGCAACCCAUUUAUUUUUUCUGAGGAGCCAAGACUGCUGUCACGGCUCACUCCGAACCCCAGGACACAGGAAGAACCACUGGGGAACAAUGACUUUCAGAUAUCGGGAUCUUUUUCACAUCAAAGAACUACAGCUCUCAGCAGGAUCAUAUGAACACUCAGUUUGGGGACAGAGGGGAGCCACAAAAGGGAUGGAUGACCUCUGGCGUUCCCAUGAUGGAAGAUUAGUAGCACCAGCUAAUCUCUGCCCAGAACUGAUUCGAGAAGCGCACGGCCUGACACAUGAGGGAAAACUGAAGACCCUACAAAAAUUUCUUAUGUAUGGUGGCAUCCAUACAUGAAGGAAAUGACUGACUUGUUUUGCGACAGUUGCACUAUCUGUGGAAAUUACAACCCGAAGAAACCAUACCAAACACCAAUGGGUCAUUACCCGGUACCCAAUGCCUGUUUUCAAGACAUCAGCAUAGAUUACACAGACAUGGGAGCAGAGCAAGUGAAAGGGGGAAAGAGGUAUUUGCUAGUAAUGGUAGACAGAUUCUCCAAAUGGGUAGAAGCAAUCCCAACAGCCAAAGAGGAUGCGAAGUCUGUCAUUAAGUGGCUACAAACGGAACUCAUACCUAGGUAUGGGGUCCCGCGACAAAUCAGAUCCGACAAUGGGUCCCACUUCUCCAAUCAACACCUGAGACAGGUUGAGGAGAGGUUUGGCAUUACACACAAAUUCGGUUCGGUGUAUAAGCCGCAAUCGCAGGGACUUGUGGAACGCUGUAACCAAACUUUGAAGGCUAAGAUAGCUAAGGUUUGUGCAGGGACAAAAUUGACGUGGGUGGAAGCCCUGCCCCUGGCACUGAUGGCCAUGAGGUCCUCACCAGGUGCAGGGACACAUCUUUCACCCCAUGAAAUAAUGACAGGCCGAGUGAUGCCUGGGCCGCCAAGAGAGGGAGGUCAUAUGCCCCCUCUUGAUGUCCACCAGAUAGGAAUGUCUGACUAUGUAAAAAAAACUGACCGAAUUAUCUGCAGCUCUCUCCAUACAGAUACACCGUGUCGCAGAGGGGGAGCUGACGGAUGACCAGGGACAACCAAGGGUAAAGGUUGGAGACUGGGUAAGGAUCAAGGUCCACAAAAGAAAGUGGGCAGAUCCCAGGUGGACUGGACCGUACGAAGUGAAGGAAGUUACUUCACACUCAGUCCAGGUCAAAGGUAAAUCGGGCGCACCUUGGCACCACCUGACUCACUGUACACCAGCACCAGCACCUGACAGAACACUGACUGAAGUCAGAAGCGACUUGAUCGCAUCUAAUUCGGCUACAAAUUCGGUACGCCCUGACAACUGAAGAAUGUGGAGGCGACUCCACUCCACAGGUGCCAGGGAGGGCCACCCAUGGUCUAGACAACAGAGAACGCCGAUGUUCUCUUCCAAUGUUUGUACUGUUUAUGAUAACCUCAGGUUGCAUAGUGGGAAUAAUGCUUUGGGCUUUUGAACACAUGGCUAAUAAUGUGGUCAAGAUAUCUGAUGGCGCCAACUCUACCUCUAACGCUAGUAUGCCCAGGCACAUAGUACGCAAAAGACACAUUGAACCUAUCAACCAAAAUUGCACCACAAACCAGGUUAGAAGCACCACCUUAUGUGUACCCGCUAAUGUAACCACCACCAUUACACUGUCUUGGGGGUUAUUGGGAAAAGCUAGGAAUGGCUAGGGAGGGCAUGCUCUGGAAUACACCAGAUUUAACUGGUAUAUGACAAAAGGGGGGUUUCAGGAGUGGUCAUGGAAGAGCCUGGUCGCUGAGACUGGUCCUGACUGGUCCAGUUAUUCAUCAGGACAAGCAGUUCUUAUCUGGCGGAAAAGAUUGUCACUGACUAGGACUAAAUUGCGUAAUUGGGGUUUAUCACUAAUUAUCCGACCAGGUACUGGGACGGGUUGUCAGGAUUUUAUAUUAGCACCACAUGUAGAAUCUAGCAAGGAUCUACUCUACUGGCCAGUAAAAAUCUGCAUUACACAGCAGGCUCAGCCCUCUGCUAUUACUGACCGGUUUACUGUUUUAACAUCUAAGGGAAAGGGCGAUUGGGGUCCUAUUAAUAUGGUCACCACUCCUACCACCCCUGAUGAUACCAUUCUUACUGCCACCGGAAUCUCAGGUUUCAAUAACAAUUGGCUACUAUUGACCGAACAAGCAGCUAACAUGACCCUGCAAAGCUGUGUAGUUUGCAUGGGAGCUAGGCCAUUGCUCCGCAUAGUCCCAGCCGCUAUUAGCGGAGACUGUCUAUUGCCCCUUAUGAACAAAGACAACCCACCUGAGAAAUGUUCACAGUGGGACACUGUUUAUCCGGUAGUCACCACGGUGGUCAAUAAACCGAUAUUUUCCUCCAGUGUGGCAAGAGCUAAUUUUACAUGUAUAAACAUGAUAGGUGGAGGGACAAGGUUGGGUAAGCUCCCUGAUAGUUGGUGCUGGUACACUCACAUGCUUACGGCAAAUUUUAAACCAGUGUCUAGAGCUGAUGUGUGGUGGUGGUGUGGAGGUAAUAGGUUGUUGUCACGAUUUCCUCCUACCUCAUCUGGUUUAUGUGCCCUAGUGUCUUUGCUCCUUCCCAUUACAGUCCAUCCCAUGAGUGUGUCUGAACUCAUGUCCCAAGUGGAAGAGGCGAAGUUGAGCCGACCCAAGCGAGAGGUGCACCCCACUGCUGAGAACCCGACCUACAUUGAUGCUAUUGGGGUACCCAGAGGGGUGCCGGAUAAGUAUAAGUUAGUGAAUCAAGUCAAUGCAGGACUUGAAUCGUCCAUAUGCUGGUGGUGCACCGUUAAUAAAAAUGUUGAUCGGAUAAAUUAUAUCCAUUUUAAUGUACAACGUUUAGGCAACUGGACUCAGCAAGGGUUUGAGGCAGUCCAUGGUCAACUAUCAGCUACCAGCCUUAUGGCUUUCCAGAAUCGUAUCGCUGUAGACAUGCUGUUGGCAGAAAAGGGAGGUGUUUGCUCCAUGUUUGGGGAACACUGUUGCACGUUCAUUCCUAACAAUACGGCCUCUGAUGGUAGUCUGACAGUAGCACUAGAGGGACUGAGGACUUUGAAUGGUAAAAUGAAGUCCCACUCCGGCAUCGACUCCUCUAUGUGGGAUUCUUGGAUGAAUGUGUUUGGCAAAUAUAAAACCUUGAUUUCCUCAAUCCUAGUUUCUAUCUCCGUCUUUGCAGCAGUUCUUGUUCUGUGUGGUUGCUGCUGCAUACCAUGCAUACGAUCCUUAAUAGAUAGGCUCAUUACCAAAGCCAUUGACCCCCAUAGCACGGCGCAGAUGUUCCCAUUAUUGGGCCCAGAGGAUGUUUAUGACGACCUAGGGACGGAAGCAGAGUUCAUAAGUAUGGACUGUGCUGUUGACUGAUUGGUCACGUCUCUGAAGAGACGUGAAGAGAGGGAAUAAUCAAAACUUUUCUCUGAAAAGUUUCUUUCCAGACAGUUAGUCACGUCUAGGAAGACGUGAAGAGAGGGAUUUGUAAGAAAAACUUUUAUGCUCAUAUAUGCUUGAAGCCAAGAUAGGCCUUUAUAUAUAUGCAUUAGCUUUUAGUAACAAAAGGCAAAGCAAAUGAACUUAUAUUACAAGUGUGUUUGCAGUAUGUUGCACAACCUGCUUCUGGCAUGCCAUACUAAUGUUUCCACAUACAGCCAAGAAAACAGGAACUGGGUCAACCGCAGAGGUCUAAGGGACUUCAUCUUGUGAUGACAUAUCUGCUGAUGGCUGGAAGACACACACACACACACACACACCACCCACGCACAUUCACACUCAAACACAGAGAACCACACACACCGCAUUAAUACCUAAUAGAGCUUCUAGGGAUCCUAAGCUUAUCAACAUUGUGCACCCACGGCAGUUGGGAAAUUCAAAACAGACAUUAAGCAAGGGACAUUCUUCAACAACAAUGGUGGACCAAUAAGCAUGGACUACGCCCGGACCAGAGCCAACCAGAGGACCAGGACUUCAAAGAAUCAACCUACUUUCUGUACUGUAUAUAAUCUGUAAUCAACCUGUUUUAGGGGCUCUCUUCUUUUAGCUCACUCGGAGUUCUUAGACGGAGCCCGCAUGCGCAGUACCAAAUAUAUUUACUCUGAAUAAACUGCUGAUUGUUAAACUUUAA